AUGAACUCGGGACCGACGACGGAUUUCAAAAAUCGUCCAGAAGCUGUGUUCGAACUCGAGUCACAGUUUGUGCUUCGAGUGCCGUCCUGGGUUUCCGGAGAACUUCGUGAAGCGGUUCGUCAGGGAAACAGUAAUUUGAAAGAUAGACUAGCGAUAAAACUCGAGAGUGAUAAUCGCGUUGGAAGUGUCAGGUUCGAUUCGUGGAACCUCCCCUCCCGGGUCUACGACCUGCCAAGUGUGAUAGAGUCCCACAAAACGCUGGAUAGGAAAACUUUCUACAAGACCGCAGACAUAUCUCAGAUAAUGAUAUGCUACGAGCCGGGGCAGGAACCGAAGUCAGAUGAUGAAGCUCCUCUACGGAAGAGGAAAGACGCCUUGACCAAGAAAUAUCUCUACCCUCACGGAAUCACUCCUCCAUUGAAAAACGUCCGAAAGAGACGCUUCCGGAAGACACUGAAGAAAAAAUAUAUCGAUUUCCCGGAGAUAGAGAAAGAAGUCAAACGCUUGUUCAGAGAGGAUAAUGAAGCUGAAAGUGUACGAUAUGAAGUCAUUCGAACCGAAGAUGAAAUGAAAGCUGAUGGGAAAGGCGCCAUCGAAGUCACCAAUCAUCCGGGACCUGAUCAUCAAGGUCCGAGCGGCCACAGCGAUCAAACAAUGGACGUCGGUGAGCACGAUCUUUUCGGGGAACCUCUUUCGUCUUCCGACGAAGAAGGAGAGCAACUCAACAUAAAUGUCGACUCCACCGAUGACUCGAGGAGUCCUCUUAAGAAGACGAAAAGCAGCGAUGUUAAGGAUCUCGUCACGCAGUUCUCACAUGCGAGCGAAUUCUCGGACAUGCUCAACGAGAACCUGGGUGAGGAAAGUAAUAUGUCGGCGCCAGGACCUUCAAACCUUGAGCGAGGCUAUGAAGAGGAAGCAGAAGCUGCUCGGGCACUCGAGUGUGACUUCCCGAAGGACGAUGAGGUGUCACAGAAUACAGCUUAUCAUGAGAGACUCGCAGAACUAGACCGCGACAUGAUCCGACUGACGGAACAACGUCGACAGCAAGAGGCUGAAAUCGCUAACAUUGAAAACAUGGCUCUGCGCCAGAGAUUUCAGUCCCUGUUGCAAAACAUCAAGCUCGAACAAGCUGAGAAGCAACGAGAGUAUGACAAUAUCGUUCAGCUUUUACAUCAGUGA